AUGUCGUAUUUCCGAAUCACCCUUAUCAGAUCCGCCAUCGGUCUCCCGAGUAAAUCAGCCAACGUCCUCAAAGCUCUUGGUCUGCGCAAACGAAUGGCCACCGUCUUCCACCCAGUCGAGCCUUCUGUGGCCGGUCAAAUUAUGAAAGUUAAAGAGCUGGUCGCCGUCCGCGAGGUCGACAAACCCCUGACCAAACAACAAGUCCACCAAGAACGAGUACCGGACGCCGGAUUCUACAUCGAGUCUCGGGCCAGGGACCAGAAGUCUAUCGCCUAG